AUGUCAACAUAUAAACAGAACUUCAAUGGUAAUCAAACCUACGAAUUGUUGGAAACUAAAGCCAUCGACGAAAUGUUUGCAAUUCUCCCAUCAACAAUUGAACAUGAGCAUUCGAAAGCGGCGGCGAAAAAUCUAGGCCUUCUCCAGAGUUUGUGCACAUCCAAUAUUUUUGAUGAUGAUCAACAUCUUGCAUUCGAGACCGCUCUCAAUGAUUUUAUCGAGGAGUUGAAGUAA